AUGGAGAUGUCUACUGCCAGGCAGCUAGAGGUCUUACUUGAGGCGACCUAUAGCAGCCUUGUGAACAUCUCCUUGAACAUGCACGGCGCCAGAGCGGUACAGAAGCUGAUCGAUGUGGUCCGGAUGGUGCCCGUUUGCAUGGGCCGGCUCGUGGCGGGCCUCGAGUAUGCCGUAGUCACGCUCGCAAAGGACCCAAACGGGAACCACGUGGUACAAAGAUGCCUCGAGUCACUCCCGAGCGAUGCCCACGGCUUCAUCUUCAGGGCGGUGGCCAAAGACAUCGAAGAUGUGGCUUCACACCGGCAUGGAUGCAGGAUUGUCCAACGGUGCAUCGAUGCCGCAAAGGGCCCUGAGCGAAAGAUGAUGAUAGGUGCCAUAUGCCAGGCUUCCCUGGCCCUGAUUCAGGAUCCCUUUGGCAACUAUGUCGUGCAGUACGUGCUCGGCCUGCAGGAUCCGCAGGCCAGUUCGCUGAUCGUGACCGCCAUGAUGGGACGAUUGAAUGUGCUCUCACGGCAGAAGUUUAGCUCAAACGUGGUUGAACGAUGUCUUCAGCUUGCAAGUGACGAGGACCGAGCCCGCAUGAUCACGGAGCUCGCCGAUCCUCGAGGGUUAGGUGAGCUUCUCCGAGAUAUCUACGGGAACUAUGUUGUUCAAAGCGCUUUGAACAUUGCCGUGGAGCCGCAGAUUUCAAUUGUGCUAGGCCUCCACAGGGCUUACCUGGUCAUUACAUGGUCUAGCGACCCGGUGCUUUCCAUGCAGCUGAGCAAGACCUGUGUCGAUAACCGUCGUGAUCUGUCAUGGUCAUGCUCAUUUUGUGGUACCAUGUGUAUCCCCAAGCCGAAGACUCAGAAUGAUCCUAUUUGCAACCCCCAACCCCCUUUCCCUGCCUCAGCUGCCGUACGACCUUUGCUGCCAUCGCUCCGGUCCAGUGGCCAGGGGAGGCCGGGAAAGGAUUGA